GUUCAGGCAAGAAAAACCCGUUGGUCCGUGUUUACAUUGCACAGCACUAGCGCCGCAUUGGCCGUGAGACGAAAGCAAAAAUAAUAAUAUGCAAAUGAAAUCAAAGGUCACAUGACGAAAACGCGAUCGAUGGUGUCUUGUUUACAUUUUUUGACCAAUAGCUAGCCACGUAGCCCCACUACGGGACGAUUUUGAUUUUUGAAUCAAUCGACACAUCAAUUCUACUCCUUCUAGGUUCGAACUGUUAUUUGGAAUUUCGAUUUUACACUUGCCGACAACUAUAAUUUUUGUGCGGAAAAUACGAAGAAACAUUGUUGCUCAAUGGCAAACCAUGUGACAGUGCGGCCCCGCAUGUCAUAAUUUCUUCAUUGCUAACCUAAAAUAUAAUUCCCUCGUUUUCUUGAACGUGGUUAAUUGCACUUCGUGGUCUACUUCGUAUCAAAUAUCAACAGAGCAAUUGCAUUACUCAAAUUUGAAAUUAACCUUUUACCCAGGGCCUAAUUAUUGGAAUAAAAUACCUAUAGUAAGGUACUAAUAAAGCUAUAAGCUAUUUAAGAUAAUCAAAGAUAUUGGGAGAUCAGUAGAUACACGUAAAUUAUACUAACUUGAUUGUAAGUUACAUGUUCGAUUAUACAUAGAUUAAAUAAUAGUGUAUUUAAUCUAUGGUUUAUAGUAAAUAAAUAAUAAUAAUAAUAAAUAUUAAUUAAAAAUACUUACAAAAAGUACCUGUUGAAAUUGUGGGAAAUUAAAAGUUUUUAUUUGUCAAAAUGGAUAUUGAUGACAAGGGUUACAUAGUAACUCACGACUCAAUCAAAGGAAAAUGCCUUGUUGCUACCAAACAUUUUAAAACAGAUGAUUUAAUUUUAGAAGAAGAACCAUUUGUUUCUUGUCAAUUUUCUUGGAAUAGUUUAUAUGGUUAUCGUGCUUGCAAUCAUUGUCUUUGCCCUUUAGAAACUGUCACAGAAAAUGUAAUCAGAUUGACCAAUGCAGCAAUAUUGGAAGUUCCGUUUGAAGAAUAUUGUACCGUAAAGGAUAAAAUACAAAACUUUGUUCAAUGUGAAUCUUGUAAGGUUUGGUACUGUAGUGCCAGGUGUUUAGAAACUGCAUAUAAUAGAUAUCAUCAACUUCUUUGCAGACCUGACAGUAAUGAUUCAUUACACCAUUUAGAAGAAUUAUGGAGAACCAUGCAUUAUCCUCCUGAAAGCCAUAACAUUAUGUUAUUAUGUCGUUUAUUGGCGACAAUUGAACUAUCACCAUCUCCACAUACAGCUAAUCAAAUAGUUUCUAAUUUUUGUCACCGGACAGAAAAUGAAAAUGAAAAAUUAGUACAUAAAAUGCUAGGAGAAAAGUUUGCUGAACAGAUUGAACAACUUCGAUUUGGUGUUCUUAAAUCUAUGACCAUUAGAGAAUCUAGUCAAUGGUUAACACCAAGUGGUUUUAAAUCAUUAUUGGCUUUGAUUGGCACAAAUGGACAAGGUGUUGGUACAAGUGUUUUUCAACAAUGGUCAAAUAAUUGUAAAAAAAAUCUUCCUCCUGAUCAAAUAGAAUUAUUUGAACAGUUUGUAGAUAAUGCAUAUGAUGCUAUGGAGCAAGUUGUUGGAAUUGAUUUUUUGGAUAAUGAAGGUUCAGCUCUUUUUCAAGAACAUAGUUCAAUCAAUCAUAGCUGUUUUCCAAAUGCAGCCAGUGUAUUUAAUGGUGAUCAUGUAUUAAGAUUAAUUGCUAUAAGACCAAUUGAACCUGGUGAUGAAAUUAAUACUAGCUAUAUUGCUCCAUGUGAAUUAAUACAUAGUAGACAUACAAGACAAAAAUAUUUACAAGAAAAUUAUGUAUUUACUUGUCAAUGUAUUAAAUGCAAAGAACAAAUUAAUGAUCCUGAGGUAACAAGUGAUGAUGAUUCAGAAAUGGAGGAUAAUUAACAUUUAAGUAUAAUCAUAAUUUUUUAACAAUUAAUGAUUAUAAUAAAAUUGUCAUCGCUGA